GUAAACAGUAUCAGCAAACCAUCGCAGGCCAGCAGACCAGCAGAUAUGGGGUUAAUGUUUCGAUUCCCACUCGCUCUGCUUUACCGGCAAUGGGCACAGCGAGCGGAAUAUGUAAAGAGCCAUGAAUUACUAUAUGUAAGUAGUAUAUCCAACGCAUUUCCGAAUUUCACUGCUCAUCUCAUCAGUCAUGGUGCAUUUACCUGAUCAGCACCUUUUUGAAAACACGCAACUUGUGCUUCUUGCGAUAGCUUCUCUUGGGGUGGUAGGGGCGUACCUGUUUAAAUCACAGAGUGCCCGAUCUCUGCCACUUCCACCUUCCCCACCCACAUGGAGACUUUGGGGGCACUCCCUACCCGGUCACAACGCCUAUCACACUAUAGCAGGAUGGAUUGAACAGUACGGUCCUCUGAUCACCGUCCGCUCAGGAACUGAGAAAAUCGUUAUCAUCGGUCGUCACCAAGCCGCAGUGGAAAUCAUGGAGAAGCAGGGCGGAUCGCUCGCCAAUCGUCCUCGCAUGAUUGCAGCUGGAGAACUCCUCAGCGGCGGACUGUUCGUCGCGUUUACACCCGCUGGAGACAGGCAUCGUCGGAUGCGUAGAGCACUUCAUACGCAUCUACAGCCUAAAGCAGCUGAAGGGUAUCAUCCCCUGCAGAUAUCACACGCGAAAACGACGGUGCUCGAGAUUCUCGAUGAUCCAUUGAACUUCCAGAAGCAUGCAUCGAACUAUUCUGCGAGAACGGUCGUCAAAAUGACAUAUGGGGAAAGUCUGCCCGCGGCUACGAUUGAUACCGAAGUGAAAGAGAUGCGCCAGUUCAUCGAAACAUUCCGCCUAGCUCUGCUCCCUGGCGCUUACCUGGUGGACUCGUUCCCAUGGCUCAAAUACGUUCCUGGGUAUGGACGAAACUUAAAGCGGGAGUUUGAGAAGACCAAGAAACUCUACACCAUUCAGCUGGACCGAGUUAAACAACAAAUAAAGGACAAUGUGGAAGUCGGGCCUUCGUUCGCGAAAUACAUGCUAGACAAUGAUCUCUAUGGUUUGUCAGAGAUCGAGAUGACAUUUCUUGCUGGCACUUUCUUUGGAGCAGGGUCUGAUACGAUUGCUGUGGCAAUGUGUACAGUACUGAUGGCAGCAGCACGUUUCCCCGAGGAACAAGCCAAAGUUCAGGCCGACAUUGAUGCAGUGAUCGGAAGGAAGCGAGCACCGACCUUCGCCGACCAAGAAUCCCUUCCUCGUCUUCAGGCCUUCAUCUCCGAGGCCUUGAGAUGGAGACCAUUGGGUGUUUAUGGAUUUGCUCACCGAACGAUUCAAGAUGUCAUUUGGGAAAACUAUUGCAUUCCCUCCGGGACUACGGUAUACGGCAACCAUUGGGCUAUCUCUCGAGAUCCGGAAGUCUACCCCGACCCUGAUUCGUUCAAGCCUGAGCGCUGGAUUAACGACCAAGGUCGCCUGAGAGACGACCUCACAUACUUUGUCUAUGGUUUUGGUCGGCGCGUAUGCCCCGCUCAACACGUCGCGAACAGAGCGAUAUUCAUAACCUCACUCCUUAUUCUGUGGGCUUUCAACCUCAGGGUGGAUCCUACGAAGCCGCUGGAUGACUUUGGUUUCGUGGCUGGCGUGAUGCCAUAUGACCGGCCGUGCACUAUUGACUUUAAGACCAGGAUUCCGGAAGACGAGCUCAGGCUUAUGAUGCAGAAUCAUGCGGAGGCCGCAUGAGACGUAUUGAUGCCUGGAUGGGAUCGUCUUACUUAAAGAGCGAACUUUGAAUACGUUUGGAACAGGCCAAUCAACUCGUUUAUCACUCUCAGAUACCACGGUGGCACGUCGGACAAAUAUUAUGUGAAGGCCACUGUUUGGUAACUUUCUGCAGCAUGUGAAAGUCUUGGUCUACAGCAGGAUUUGUACCAGAAGAGCUCGAGGCCAGCUGAGAGAAGAGUUAGAAGACGUGUCAAUCCUUGCAUUCCUGAUCAUUACAUACGAGGAUAGAAUCACUGUGCUGAAGUAGCAAUCAGUGACGUCCACGACGGAGCCAACUCC